AUGAAUUCAGUUUUUACUGCUCAAAAGCUUCAUGUUCCAAUCGAUACGUGUGUGUUACCAUUACCACAAAACUUGGAGAACACGAAUACGAGAUCUGGAUUAAACUCGUUGAGGCAUUCCAGUUUACUGCAACAAGCUGCAGAUUUGACCGGUGGAAUUUACUUACUAGUACCAAGAGUUUCCGGUUUGCUACAGUAUUUAUUAUCUGUUUUUUUACCAUCAUCUAAGAUGAGAUCAUCUCUGUUGCUUCCUGAUAGUCGAUCGAGUGGUUUAUCCUUUGGUGUUGACUUUCGUGCAGCUUGUUUCUGUCAUAAACGAUUGAUCGAUGUGGGUUUUGUUUGUUCUGUUUGUUUAUCAGUCUUUUGCGAAUUCAGCCCGAUAUGUUCUACAUGUAGUACUCCUUUUCUUUUACCCACUGUGCAAACUAUGUAA